CCCGCCGCCCCGAGCCGAGGAUGGAGAACUCGUCGGCGGCCUCGGCCUCGUCCGAGGCGGGCAGCAGCCGCUCCCAGGAGAUCGAGGAGCUGGAGCGCUUCAUCGACAGCUACGUGCUGGAGUACCAGGUGCAGGGGCUGCUCAGUGACAAGACCGAGGGCGGCGAGGGCGAGAAGCCGCCCCCACCCCUCUCCCAGUGGACAGCGGACUGCAGCGAGCAGCUGGACAGGGGCCGAGCCUUUCCCCAAGGACGCCACCCUCCGCAGCAGAACGGCGGCAAAGACUCCCUGGACAUGCUGGGCACGGACAUCUGGGCGGCCAACGCCUUCGACUCCUUCAGUGGUGCCACGUGGGACCUGCAACCCGAGAAGUUGGACUUCAGCCAGUUCCACCGGAAGCUGCGGCCUGCGCCCAAGCAGCCGCUGCCUCACAUCGACAGAGAAGGCUGUGGCAAGGGGAAGCUGGAAGACGGGGACGGGAUCAACCUGAACGACAUCGAGAAGGUCCUCCCGGCCUGGCAGGGCUACCACCCGCUGCCCCACGAGGUGGAGAUCGCGCACACCAAGAAGCUCUUCCGGAGGAGAAGGAACGACCGCAGGCGGCAGCAGAGACCCCCAGGAGGAAACAAGCCCCAACAGCACGGCGACCACCAGCCAGGCAGUACCAAACACAGCAGGGACCACCAGAAAUCCUACCAGGGGGGCUCGGCCCCCCACUCCUCAGGGAGGCCCACCCAUCACGGCUACAGCCAGAACCGCCGCUGGCACCACAGCGGCACCAAGCACCCGCCGGGGGACAAGGGGGAGCCCAGCACCCACCGCCACGCCAAAGAGACCCUGGCCCUGGAGAGCCCCAAGGCCGAGGACGCCCCAGGAGACGCUGGGCCCUGCGGCCUGGAGCCGCCCCACAGUCCCGAGGGCCCGUCUCCCACCCCCUCUGAGCGGCUGCUGCCGCCCCAGCCUGGAGCACCCGAGUCCGAGUCGAAGCGCAGAGACUGUGCGGGCCCCGAGAGGCCCGGGGAGCAGCGCAGGGUCACCCUGCUCCAGUCCUCCAAAGACCGGCUGCAGCGGAGACUCAAGGACAAAGCUCCGGCCCAGGAGGAAGUGAGGCUAGAGAGCAGCGCCCCGCAGCCGAACAAGAUGGACAAGCUGGCCGAGAUCCUCAACAGCAUGCGCAACAACAGCAGCGACGUGGACGCCAAGCUCAGCACGUUCAUGGAGGAGGCCCAGAGCUCCACCAACUCCGAGGAGAUGCUGGGCGACAUGGUGCGCGCCAUCUACCAGAAGGCCGUGUCCGACCGCAGCUUCGCCUUCACCGCCGCCAAGCUCUGCGACAAGAUGGCGCUCUUCAUGGUGGAGGGGACCAAGUUCCGCAGCCUGCUUCUCAACAUGCUCCAGAAGGACUUCACGGUGCGGGAGGAACUGCAGCAGCGGGACGUGGAGCGCUGGCUGGGCUUCGUCACCUUCCUGUGCCAGGUGUUCGGCACCAUGAGGAGCAGCACCGGGGAGCCCUUCCGCGUGCUCGUCUGCCCCAUCUACACCUGCCUCAGGGAGCUCCUGCAGUCUCAGGACGUGAAGGAGGACGCCGUUCUGUGCUGCUCCAUGGAGCUGCAGAGCACAGGCCGGCUGCUGGAGGAGCAGCUGCCCGAGAUGAUGGCCGAGCUCCUGGCCAGCGCCCGCGACAAGAUGCUGUGCCCCUCGGAGUCCAUGCUGACCCGCUCGCUGCUGCUGGAGGUCAUCGAGCUCCACGCCAACAGCUGGAACCCCCUGACGCCCCCCAUCACGCAGUACUACAACAGAACCAUCCAGAAACUGACAGCCUGACAGCCAGGGGCCCCGGCGGCAGUGGCG